GCGCUGAAGGGAAACAUGCUGCGGUCUGUGAACUUCUGGAGGACUCAUGCGCCCGGAGUGUGACUUCUUACGCGAUCCGGAGACGUUUGGGCGAUAUUUAUUUUGGGGGUGAGAUGUGAGGAGCCAUGGAUUUACCCAUGAAAUGGAUUUGGUUCGGAGCGCUUGUUCAACUUCCACUCUAUGGAUGCUUCGAUCUCCACUUUCCGGAGAGUCUGCAGCCCGGAGCGGCGCUGGUGAACGUCUCUCUCGGAGCAGGAUGGAUGUACAGGAUAGACAGGACACUUACAGCCAAGUGGAUCGGACGCGCUGUGAGGGUCAGCAGUAAUGAUGGAGUUGUGUCUCUCGCGCGGAAAGUUCACUGCUCGCGCUUCACGAGACACCCAGCUCAGCUGUACUUGAGGAUAACCUCGUUAUUGUCCGGAAACGUUGUGCUGAUUCAUUUCAACACGUUUGUUCAUGGACAGAACUGCUUUAUCAAGUACAAAAGAAAGACUCGUCAACUGGACGCUUACAUUGAACUCCAUUCUGGAUAUGGCGCGUGCUUUAACUCGGGUAUGUUACCUAUAAGCUUAUAUGAGCAUUUACCAGCUUUUGCACGGCAAUCGCAACUGCUCCUGUCUACCUGCAAAGAGGAAAAGUUUGGGAAUAAAGAAGCCUCUGAGACUGAACAGUGUUUGCCUCGCCAUGCCCGUUUCCUCUGCACCGUACCCACUUUUCAAGAAAAUGUACAACUUCUCCAAGUGCAAUUGAAUUUUAGGCCAAAUCGUGGUCAGAGUGUGGCUGUAAGCAGUGAACAGUGGGUCAAACGUCUGAAAAGAAAUGUAAAUUCAGCCCCACAGUUCCAGUUGCCCAACUACCAGGUUUCCGUGCCUGAGAAUGAGCCCUCAGGAACCCGGGUUAUCACCCUUAAAGCGUUUGAUUCGGAUGAUGGUGAUGCAGGUGUUGUGGAGUAUGACAUGGAAGCUCUGUUUGACAGCAGAUCUAACGACUACUUUCAAAUAAACCCUGAAACAGGUGGCAUCACCACACUGCAGCCUUUAGACAGGGAGCUGAAAGAUACCCAUGUGUUUAAAGUCACAGCCACUGACAAGGGGACUCCAAAAAGGUCCGCAACAGCUUAUCUCACAAUCACGGUCAGUGACACCAAUGACCAUAGGCCUGUGUUUGAGCAGACCGAGUACAGGGUUAGCAUUCGUGAAAAUGUAGAGGUGGGUUUUGAGGUAAUGACCAUUCGGGCUACUGAUGGAGAUGCUCCAUCAAAUGCCAAUAUGAUCUAUAAGAUUGUGAAUGAAGUCGAAGUGAAUUCCGGGUUUGAGAUAGAUCCGAGGAAUGGUUUGGUUAAAAUCAAAGUCCGUCCAGACAGGGAGGUGCAGUCAAAGUAUCAGCUGAUCGUGGAGGCUAACGACCAAGGUAAAGACCCCGGUCCACGCAGUGCCACAGCCACCGUGCACAUCACAGUUGAGGAUGAGAAUGACAACUAUCCUCAGUUCAGUCAGAAAAGAUAUGUGGUCCAAGUUCUUGAGAACAUAGCUGUUAACUCAGAAGUAGCUCAGGUGAAGGCCACUGACAAAGAUGCUGGCAAUAAUGCCAAAGUGCACUACAGCAUCAUCAGUGGGAAUGUAAAAGGACAGUUUUACAUUCACUCACCCACCGGUGUCAUUGACGUCAUCAAUCCUUUGGAUUAUGAGAUGAUCCGGGAGUACAAUUUGCGUAUAAAAGCUCAAGACGGUGGUAGGCCGCCUCUCAUUAAUGGGACAGGUAUGGUUGUAGUGCAGGUGGUGGACGUGAAUGAUAACGCCCCUAUGUUUGUCAGCACCCCUUUCCAAGCCUCGGUGCUGGAGAAUGUUCCUGUUGGUCACUCCGUGAUUCACAUUCAAGCCAUCGAUGCAGAUUCGGGGGACAAUGCUCUGUUGGAGUACAGGCUCACGGACACCUCACCUAGCUUUCCUUUUGUUAUCAAUAACAGCACAGGGUGGGUUACAGUCAGCCUAGAGUUGGACCGAGAGACCACUGAGUUUUACACAUUUGGUGUGGAGGCAAGGGACCAUGGGGUCCCUAUAAUGUCAUCUUCGGCAAGUGUGAGCGUGACAGUAUUGGAUGUGAAUGACAAUAUCCCCACCUUCACCCAGAAGAUGUACAACCUGAAGAUCAAUGAGGAUGCUGCAGUUGGGGCCAGCGUGCUAACUAUAACAGCUGUGGAUAGGGAUGCGAACAGCGUGGUGACCUACCAGAUAUCCAGCGGGAACACUCGGAAUAGAUUUGCCAUCACCAGCCAGAGUGGUGGUGGGCUCAUUACUUUAGCCUUGCCGUUGGACUACAAACAGGAACGUCAAUAUGUCCUGACAGUGAUGGCCUCAGAUGGCACACGGUUUGACACGGCACAGAUUUCCAUCAACGUUACAGAUACCAACACCCAUCGGCCUGUUUUUCAGAGUGCCAAUUACCAGGUUUUAGUGAGUGAGGACAAGCCAGUGGGCUCCACUGUUGUGGUCAUCAGUGCUACAGAUGAAGACACUGGUGAGAAUGCACGCAUCACCUACGUGAUGGAGGACAACGUUCCUCAAUUCAAGAUCCACCCUGACACAGGUGCCAUCACCACUCAGAUUGAAAUUGACUAUGAAGACCAAGCUUCCUACACAUUAGCUAUCAUCGCACGUGACAAUGGCAUCCCUCAGAAAUCAGACACGACCUAUGUGGAGAUCAUAGUCCUUGAUGCCAAUGACAAUGCACCCCAGUUUCUGAGGGACAUCUACCAAGGCACCGUCUUUGAGGAUGCACCCAUAUAUACCAGUGUUCUUCAAGUGUCAGCCUCGGACAGAGACUCAGGCUCCAACGGCAGAGUGAGCUACACUUUUCAGGGAGGGGAUGAUGGUGAGGGGGAUUUCUUCAUUGAGCCAUACUCAGGAAUUAUCAGAUCAGCCAGGAAGUUGGACAGGGAGAACGUAGCUACAUAUAACCUUAAGGCUUUUGCUGUAGACAAAGGAGUUCCUCCUCUGAAAGCAGCUGUAGACAUUCAGGUGACAGUGCUAGACAUAAAUGACAAUGCUCCUGUGUUUGAAAAGGAUGAACUGUAUGUCUAUGUGGAGGAGAACAGUGCUGUAGGCUCUACUCUGGCUCGCAUCAGUGCUACAGACCCUGAUGAAGGAACCAAUGCACAGAUCUUAUACCAAAUUGUGGAGGGGAAUGUUCCUGAGGUCUUCCAGCUGGACAUUUUUAGUGGGGAUUUAAUUGCCCUUACUGACCUGGACUACGAGGCCAAGAUGGAGUACCUGAUUGUAGUCCAGGCCACCUCUGCCCCACUGGUCAGUCGGGCCAUUGUACAUGUUCGCCUUGUGGAUGUCAACGACAACUACCCAGUUCUGCAGGAUUUUGAGAUAAUUUUUAACAACUACGUCACUAAUAAAUCCAAUAGCUUCCCAGCAGGUGUCAUUGGGAAGGUGCCUGCUCAUGACCCGGAUGUGUCUGAUAAGCUCCUCUACACCUUUGUGGAGGGGAAUGAGCUGAGUUUGCUGAUUCUGAACCAGGACACAGGAGAGCUGAAGCUGAGUACGGACCUGGACAACAACAGGCCAUUGGAAGCCACCAUGAAAGUGACUGUGUCAGAUGGUCUCCACCAGGUCUCUGCUCUCUGCACGCUGCGCGUCACCAUCAUCACAGAUGACAUGCUGACCAACAGCAUCACUGUGAGACUGGAGAACAUGUCUCAGAAGCGCUUCCUCUCUCCUCUGCUGGGCCUGUUUGCUGAGGGUGUGGCGGCUGUGCUGUCCACCAGCCGUGAGGGCAUCUUUGUCUUCAAUGUGCAGAACGACACGGACGUGGGCGCUCCCAUCCUCAACGUCACCUUCUCGGCCCUGAAGCCUGGUGGUGGCCCAGGACGCUUCUUUCCCACUGAGGAACUACAGGAGCAGCUGUACCUGAACCGCUCCCUGUUGAGGCUCAUCUCCACUCAGCGUGUGCUGCCCUUUGACGACAACAUCUGUCUGCGUGAGCCCUGCGAGAACUACAUGAAGUGCGUGUCAGUGCUGAAGUUUGACAGCUCCGCCCCCUUUGUGGCCUCCAACACACUGCUCUUCAGGCCCAUCCACCCCGUGAACGGCCUGCGGUGCCGUUGUCCCGACGGCUUCACUGGAGACUACUGCGAAACGGAGAUAGACCUGUGCUAUUCAGCACCGUGCAAAAACAACGGCCGGUGCCGCAGCCGUGAGGGAGGAUACACCUGCGAGUGCCCAGAGGAUUUUACAGGAGAGCACUGUGAGGUGAAUGUUCGCUCUGGUCGCUGUGUGUCUGGAGUGUGUAAGAACGGGGGGCGCUGUGUUGACCUGUUGGUCGGGGGGUUUAUGUGCCAGUGUCCAGAGGGAGAGUUUGAGAAGCCCUAUUGCCAGAUGACCACACGCAGCUUCCCUGGACAUGCGUUCAUCACCUUCAGGGGCCUCAGGCAAAGGUUCCACUUUACACUGUCCUUCAUGUUUGCCACUAGAGAGAGGAAUGCACUCUUACUUUAUAAUGGCAGAUUCAACGAAAAGCAUGACUUCAUCGCUGUGGAGAUUGUUGAGGAGCAGAUCCAGCUCACGUUUUCUGCUGGAGAGAGUAAGAGCACUGUAUCACCGUUCAUAGCUACUGGAGUGAGUGAUGGACAGUGGCACACCGUGUGGCUGCACUACUACAACAAGCCCAACAUCGGACGUCUUGGCCUGCCUCAUGGUCCAUCAGAGGAGAAGGUUGCCGUGGUUGCUGUGGAUGACUGUGAUGUUGCCAUGGCUGUUCGCUUUGGUGGUCAGAUUGGAAACUACACCUGUGCAGCUCAGGGCACCCAAACAGGCAAGAAGAAGUCUCUGGACCUCACAGGGCCUCUCCUUCUGGGUGGAGUUCCAGACCUACCUGAGGAUUUCCCAAUACGGAACCGUGACUUUUUGGGCUGCAUGAGGAACCUUAUCAUUGAUAGCAAGCCCAUUGACAUGGCCAGCUUCAUCGCCAACAAUGGCACUGCUGCAGGUUGUCCAGCUAAGAGCAAUUUUUGCAGCAGGAGUGCAUGUCACAACGGAGGAGUGUGUGUGAACAAGUGGAACACACAUGCCUGUAACUGCCCGCUAGGCUACGGGGGAAAGAAUUGUGAACAUGUAAUGCCCUCCCCUCUGCACUUUGAUGGUCAUGCCAUGGUUUCAUGGAGUGACCCUGAUGUCACCAUAGCGAUCCCUUGGUACAUCAGCCUGAUGUUUCGCACCCGUAAAAGCACUGGCACUCUGCUUCACGCUGUUGCUGGGGAGCUGUCCAAAUUCAGCCUGAUAGUCAGUAACAGGCAACUACGCUUCCAGGUGUUUCUGGGGUCUCGCCGGGUGGCUCUGCUGGAGUUCCUGCAGGUGCGGGUAAAUGACGGGGAGUGGCAUCACAUCCUGGUAGAGCUCAAGAGUGGGAAAGAUGGGAAAGACAUCAAGUACAUGGCCCUUGUGUCUCUGGACUAUGGCAUGUUCCAGAGGACAGUGGAGAUCGGGAAUGAGCUGCCAGGUCUGAAAGUGAGGGGGCUUUGGAUAGGCGGCCUGCUGAAGAAGGAUGGCUCUGUGCUCAAUGGCUUUAAUGGCUGCAUGCAGGGUGUGCGGAUGGGAGAGACCUCCACCAACACAGUGAACAUCAACAUACGGCAGGCUUUGAGGCUGCGUGUAAAGGAUGGUUGUGACAUACCUGAUGCGUGUAUGUCCAGCAUGUGUCCCACGCACAGCCACUGCAGAGACAACUGGGCCUCACACUCCUGCAUGUGUGAGCCAGGUUACUUUGGGCGAGAUUGUGUGGACGCAUGUCUGUUGAACCCGUGUGAACACACAUCCAGCUGCGUUCGCAAACCGGCCACCAAACACGGCUACACCUGUGAGUGUGGACACAAUUACUACGGGCAGUACUGCGAGCACAGAGGAGACCAGCCGUGUGCUCGAGGAUGGUGGGGCUACCCAACCUGUGGCCCAUGCAACUGUGACGUCAACAAAGGCUUCAAAAGGGACUGUAACAAGACCACGGGUGUGUGCAGCUGCAAGGAUAAUUACUAUCGCCCAGCUGGCAGUGACACCUGUUAUCCAUGCGAGUGUUUCCAUCUCGGCUCUCAGAAUCGGACCUGCGACCCACUGACCGGCCAGUGCCCCUGUAAGAUGGGAGUAGUGGGACGCCAGUGUAACCGCUGUGAUAAUCCCUUCGCUGAGGUGACCGCCAACGGUUGUGUGGUGGUUUAUGAGGGCUGCCCUAAGGCCUUUGAUGCAGGCAUCUGGUGGCCUAAAACUAUGUUUGGUGGCCCAGCAGCGAUGAACUGUCCCAAAGGAUCUAGUGGCACUGCUGUUCGCCACUGCAGUGAUGAAAAUGGCUGGCUUCCUCCGGAGCUCUUCAACUGCACCUCUCACAGCUUUGCCAAGCUCAGGAAGGAGGUUGAGGAUAUCCACGCUAACUCCUCCAGACUGGAUGGUGAGCGGUCUAAAAGUCUGGUGGCUAUGCUGCACACUGCCACUGGACACACACAGCACCUGUAUGGGAGUGAUGUGAGGACGGCCUAUGAGCUGAUGAGAAGCGUCCUGCAGAGAGAGAGCCUGCAGCAGGGGUUUGACCUGUCUGCCACACACGACUCCACCUUCAACCAGGACAUUGUUAGAGCGGGCAGUGCUAUACUGGACCCUGAGAAUAAGGGUCAUUGGGAGCAGAUUCAGCACUCGGAUGGGGGCAGCGCCUCUCUACUGCAUCAUUUUGAAGAGUACAGCAGCACCUUAGUGCAGAACAUGCGGAAGACCUACCUGAAACCUUUCACCAUCAUCACCAACAACAUAAUUGUUUCAGUGGACUUCCUGGACUCCUCUACUCCAGACCAGUCAGCGCUCCCUCGCUUUCAAGAGAUACAGGAGGCCUAUUCCAAAGAACUGGAAUCCUCUGUGUUUUUUCCAGACUUAUAUAUCAAGCCAGCAGACAGCACAGAUAUUGCUCCCACAGAGCCCCCUGAACAGACUGAGGCCCCUGGGCUGUUUGAAGUUCCUGAAGGAACUCAUUCUCCAGCUCUUACAAGUCCUGCACCCUCUGCUAAGAAAAGACGCCACGCUGAGCUUGCUGACCCUCCAUCUGUCGCCAUGGUGAUCAUCUACAGGUCUUUGGGCCAGCUGCUGCCAGAGAACUACGACCCUGACCGACGCAGUCUCAGACUGCCCACACGUCCAGUCAUCAACAGUCCUGUAGUGAGUGUGGUGGCACACCGUGAGGGAGAGUUUGUCUCUGUUCCACUGCAGAGGCCCAUCACACUGACUUUCAGGCUGCUGGAGACACAGGAGAGGACCAAACCUGUGUGUGUUUACUGGAAUCACUCCAUUCUGUUAAGUGGCUCAGGGGCAUGGUCUGCCAAAGGCUGUGAGCUGAUCUUCAGGAACUCCACCCAUAUCAGCUGCCAGUGUAACCAUAUGAGCAGCUUUGCCGUGCUCAUGGACAUCUCCAAACGAGAGCAUGGAGAUGUUUUGCCGCUGAAAGUUGUGACCUACACCACUGUCUCUGCCUCUCUGGUGGCCCUCCUCAUCACCUUCCUCUUGCUGGCUAUUCUGCGCAAGCUGCGCUCCAACCUCCACAGCAUCCACAAGAACCUGGUGGCAGCUAUUUUCCUCUCCGAGCUCAUCUUCCUCACCGGCAUCAACCAGACGGACAACCCGUUUGUGUGUACAGUGGUUGCCAUUCUGCUGCAUUACUCCUAUAUGUGUACAUUUGCCUGGAUGUUUGUGGAAGGGCUGCACAUUUACCGCAUGCUGACUGAAAUGCGCAAUAUCAACCAAGGCCACAUGCGGUUCUACUACGCCAUUGGCUGGGGCAUUCCUGCCAUUAUCACAGGUCUGGCUGUUGGUUUGGAUCCUCAGGGUUAUGGAAACCCAGACUUCUGCUGGCUCUCUGUUCACGACACUCUCAUCUGGAGCAUCACAGGACCCAUUACCUUUGUAGUGCUGAUAAACAUUGCUAUAUUUGUGCUGGCAACAAAGGCCUCUUGUGGACGGAGACAGAGAACGUUUGAGAAGUCAGGAGCAAUCUCUGCUCUGCGUGUGGCCUUCCUGCUCCUGCUGCUCAUUAGCGCCACCUGGCUGCUGGGCCUGAUGGCUGUUAACAGUGACGUCCUCACCUUCCACUAUCUGUUCGCCAUUCUCAGCUGCAUACAGGGCAUUUGCAUCUUCUUCUUCCACUGCAUCCUCAACAAAGACGUGAGGAAGAACCUGAAGAGUGUCUUUACAGGGAAGAAAGGGUCAGUGGAGGAGUCCAGCGCUACCCGGGCCACUCUGCUGACUCGUUCUCUAAAUGGUAACACAUACAUAGAGGAUGGCUGUUUGUACCGGACGCCGAUUGGAGAGUCCACCGUGUCGCUGGAGAGCUCGGUUAGAUCAGGCAAAAGCCACAGCAGCAGCUACCUCGCCUACAUGCUCAGAGGGGAGCAGAAGCACAGUGUGACCCCUACUGGCAGAAAAAUGCAAAGCAAUGAGGAAGACUCUUCUUUAUUCUUCAGAAAGAGCAAGAGAGGAGAAGACUCAGAUUCAGACAGCGAGCUCUCGGUGGAUGAGCACAGCAGCUCGUACGCUUCCUCUCGCUCUUCCGACAGUGAGGAAGAGGAGAGGAGCUCCAAGCCGAAGUGGAAUAAUGAGAGGAGUCCAAUUCACAGCACUCCAAAAGUUGAUGCUGUGUCCAAUCACAUGAAGCCUUACUGGCCAGUGGAGCCACCCACAGCCAGUGAAAGUGAGGGCACUGGUGGCCCAGAAAAACUAAGAGUGGAAACCAAGGCUAAUGUGGAGCUACACAAGGGCAAUAAACUCAGUCCUAAUGGAGAGCUUUCGCAGAGUGAAGGCCCUCCCAGCCAGCCCAGCAGCAACCAGCUGCCCAGGAGAGGCAUUUUGAAGAACAAAAUCACUUACCCUCCUCCACUGACCGACAAGAACAUGAAGAACCGUUUACGGGAGAAGCUGAGUGACUAUAACGCCCCCAUCCCCACCGUCCCAUGUAAAAGUCCUUCUGAAGGGUCCAACGAAGGCCUUCGCUCUGGCACUGAAAGCAACAGCAUCAUUAUCAAACCCCCAGCUCUCCAACUUACCACUACGCUCAACGGGGUCACCAUGGAACUGGGCACAAGCCCUGUCCUCGCAGCUGAAGAGACAGACUCUGAUGGGAGCAAUGAAACCUCAAUCUGAAGGAGCUGUGUAAUUACACCACAAGUGACGUAUGCAGCACCAGGGAUGUAGCUGUUGUGGAUCUGUGUUUCUGUGGAGGACAGUCACUGGCUGCAGAACACUACGUUGCUAUGGAGAUCAGUAUUGCCACAGAACUCGCUCUACUUGCAUGAGGAAAAAGGGAAGCAUGUGUAAAUCCUUACCAGGCCAAGGGGGCUCUGGUUACUACAUAUCCCAGCAUGCCAUAGUACUGACCACUUGGGAUGCAUGGAACAAGAUGACAGUUUUGUGGUGUUGUCCACUCAAGGUUGCCCAAGCGGAUUGCACUGAUUACAAACUACCGUAAUGAAAGGUGUUAUGUGAAGCACUCCAGCUGUGCCUGUGAGAAACCUCCCUCAUAGACUUAAUCAGUCUAAAAACAAUGGCUUUUGAAGUGAUGUGUAUAAUAGUUCUUUUGUAUUUUAGCUGUUAAUAGGUUUUUGUAAAAAUUAAAUGUAAUUAGCCUGUGUAACAAAUUGCCAAUAAUGAAUGUUUACUUUUCUUAUCUUUGUUUACUGUUACAUUUGAACUGCAUUAUGUUGAAUGUUGGCCAUCUGUAUGACUAUGGACUAUUCCACUGUUCAGCCUUUAGCCUAAUGAAGGAGUUUUCCAUCCAAUAUCAGUCGAAUAUACUGUGAUACUCUAAAUGGCAUAUAUUAUAUUAGAUCACUAUGUCUAAUGCUGUUUUUAUUGUGUCAUGCCAAGGUUUGUACAGUCAACACCAGACAGUGUUUAAGCUGAGGAGUACAUAAGAAUGUACAUUCUUCAGUAAAGUAAAGCAUGCCUUCAUUUCUCAGCCACUGCCUAAGUGAUAUACAGAAUUAGUGUUCAUGUUAUACUGUGUAAACCUCAGUUGUCUGACUGGGCUCUGCUGAACACUGAGUGACAAUAACACUUCCUCCCUCAUUUACUGAUUCAGGGACUUUUACGUUUGUUUGCUUUUGGUUUCUGUAGAUAAUGUGCAUAGUGGUCAGACCAUGGCCGUACUUAUUCUAAAGCAAAUGAAUGCACAAGUUAAAUGCAGACAUCUAUGGUUGUGUAUAGCUGGUAAUAAGUAGUCAGCAAGUAAAUAUACAUUAUCAAUAUUUUUAUACCAUAUUUCAUCCAAUACCAAAUUAAAAAGAACACAUACUUGUUGCCUUUAACCUUCAUUCCUUACAGCAAAGCCAGGAACCAUGGAUAAACAAGCUAUUUUCAAAUCCAUCAGUGCUUUCUUUUAAUUUUCCCCAAGAGUUAAUGCUGAAAGAAUUAGCCAAACUUUGAUUUUGAAUUGGAAGGGAACUCAUGGAUUUAGAUGCUAAAUCUAUGUUACCUGUACCAGAAACUAUAAAAUCUAUGUUACUGUGCUACAUAGAUUUUGGAGAAGUAGCUAAGACAAAAAAAAAACUUUCUGACAAAGAUGCUACACUCUUAAAAAAGACGGUUCUUCAAGAGUCCUUUAUUAACAUGAACGGUACUAUUUAGAACCUUAGAACCUAUAUAGAAUCUUUUCAUGGUUAAAUAGUUUUUGCAUGGUGAAAUGGUUUUCAGAUGGAUGGGGAAUGUGUUGUGCAUGGUUGUAUAUAGCACCAAAAUGGGUUCUACUGUUACAAUGUCAAACUUGUAACAAUAGAAGAACCUUUCUGGUGCCAUAUACAAAACAUUUUCCAUUAAUCUGAAUAGCCAUUUCACUAUGGAAAGAACAUUUUAAGCACGAGAUGGACGUUUUCUUUAACCCAUGGUUCUAAAUAGAACCAUUCCCUUUACUAAAGAGCCCUUGAAGUAUCGAAUUUUAAAAGAGUGCUCCUAUAUUUCUUUAAAAAAUAUUUAAUAUGCCCUUAUGACUUGUUUUUUUGCUAACUCACCUUGGCCAAUUGAACAGCAGUCACUGGAUGAACAGCAGUCACUGGAUGCACAUGUGAAUUUACAAGUUUGUUGGCACUGAAGUAAAAAUGUACACUGUAAAUAAAUGAAUUUUGGAACGGUUUUAUAAA